AAUGUAUAAAUGUUAUGGCAUUUCGCGCAACACGCAAAGUAUAUAUUUGAUCUUCUAACAAAAUGCGUUUGUUGAUUUGUAGCGUUUCAGCUCUUAUUCUCACAUUUAAUUUUAUUUCUUGCACCCAAGUUGACGAUGAAUUGCAAGCUCUACGGAAUGCCGGUUUGGCAUCAUCUGUCAUUAACAAAAUAAACAAUAUAUUGUCUGAGGAUGGUUCAAAUUCAAGCACACAAUCAAGUCCACAAGACAGUUUGCCAAGGCAAUCAAGUCUACCAGAGGUCGUUGUUGAAAACUCAGAACCAAGCACAAGGGGAACUAAGCCUGACACUUCACCACAUGAUUUUAAUUGUUUUUUCACUUUGGAUUUUGAUCAAGUGUCCAACAUUCUAAACGAACAAAACGAAAUGGAGAAGCAACUCAAACAUUUCGGCAAUAGUCUCAACGAUAGUCCCAAUCAGAUUAAUAAGCAAGAAUUAAUGGAAAUGUAUAAAACUUUAUCACAAUAUUUUUCAAAUGCAUCGAAUUCAAUGUGGCCAAUGAUAAAAGGUUCAAUGGAAGAUGGUAAACAAUGUUGUGAACAUCUCAGAACUACGUUCAAUCAAUAUUUAUCAGCCAAUAUGGAUCCGGAAACAUAUGAAAAAAUGUCGCAGGCCGUUAAACAAAAUGAACAAUUGGAAGCCAAGCAAUUUGUGGAAAUAAUCAAAAUCACACACCAAUUCAAGGAUAUGAUUGAAAAGUACACGAAUGAUAUGGAUGAAAUGAAUAGAAAUUUGGAGUUGUUACGUGAACUUAAAGCAAAAAAGCAACAACAAUUGCCGAAAAAAAAAUCGAUUGAUAUUGUUAAGGAUAUAAAUAAGGUCGUUAAUAAAUUUAAAAAAGAAGAAGUCAAGAAAAUCACGAAAUUUUUGGGUAAGGUUAAAAAAACCGCCGAACAGAAAUGCCCGAAUCCAAAUGCUGUAAAGAAAGAAGUUGUGAAGAAUGUAAAAAACAUUAAAAACAUCAAACCAUUGAAAAAAAUAUUCGGGAAAAAGAAAUAAUCGAUGGUUAACGACGAUGAUCGGAGAUAUCGAAAGUGUGCGUUGAACAUAUGAAUAGAUAAGUGACAAAACAACUUCUAAUCUUGAUAAACACAUAAUAAAUUCAAAAUUGACUCACACAACAACGCUUAUUUUUGCUUAUUCUUAAAAAUGGACGUACUUUUUGGUCUAUAAAAUUAAAGUGGUAAAUAUCAGACUGAAUUAAAUUUCAAUUUAAAUCAAAUAGUUGAAGUCCAUUCAUACAUCGCCUUGUGAACUGGAAAUUGUUGAUGAAUGAAGUUGAUUGUUUUGCAUCUCCAACAUCUCCUCAUAAUCGGUUUUGGUUAACAUCUCAAGUUGUGGUUUUGUGCUUACCUCAUACGGUAUCAGUCUCACACGCUUUUGCUUAUCUUCUGGAAGUGAUUUUAUAACAUCGCAAAUAAACAUCGUUUUUGUUUCUUCAAAGAAAUAAUGUUCUAUCAAUGAUGAAUGAAUAAAUAUAAAUGCUUAGCUUA